AUGUGCGUACAUGCGGGGUUGUUUGCUCAGCCGCCCGACCACGCCCCUCGCCGGACCGAUUGCCGGGCACUGGUAAGAGGGGGAUGGGGCUGACGAAUUGAUGCGUUGUGCACACCCCUUACCCCUCCCCCUGCUGAUUGCCCCCAUACUUUGAGGAGAGGCCAUUCCCCGGACUGUAGUCCGUCCGCCCCUCCUCAGCCAGGGUCGAAUCCACCGUAUAUACCAUAACGUGUCCGGCAUCCCCCCUCCCCCCUGGUUUGAGCACUUUAAUCAUCCGUAAAAUGGCUUAGUUGCCCGAGUAUGAGUCCCCGUUGGGUUACGGUGCCCCUAAUGAGUGCUGCGCUCGGUUGCGCGGGCCACAAAGACCCAGUAAUUACGAUCCCAUCUCAUUACCAUACGAUAUUAUGCAAAUGUCGCUAGGGGAUACCGACUCGAGUGCACCGGGUGUGUUAAGGACAGGGGAGGGGCUGAAGGGAGUGGUCAGUCGACGGUCAGCGGGCUGGUACAAUGUUUGUAAUGUUGCGAACACCUUAUCAGACCCUAUUAUGUAUAGUCAUAAGAUGAAACGAGUAAUGAUUGGAAUACAGUACCUUCUGUAA